AUGGAACAGCAUUGCAACUCGUGUGCCGCUAUUAUCGCUUCUAGUACGGAGGUAGUAACCUGUAAAGGAUUCUGCAAGGCCACUUUUCAUGUGAGAUGCUCGCAGCUUAGCGCCGAGAUGUGGGCACUGGUGAAAUCCAACUCGUCAAUAUUCUGGAUGUGUCCGGGCUGCCGUAAAUUGAUGAGUGGUGUUCGGUUCCAUGAUGCUUUUGGUUCCACAAGUGAAUUCGUCAAAACUGUUGUUGGGGAACAAACGCAUAUUAUGGAGGAUUUGAAAGGCGAGAUAAGAAGGAAUGCUGAAAUGAUUAGACAGAUUGUUGAACGGCUGCCGUCAACCCCACUGAACCGCUCACCCUGGCCAAUGAUCAGCAACAGGCCCAAUAAACGACCGAGGGUUCUCAUCGAUUCUCCUCAAAUCGACAGAAGUGCCACGGAAGUGUUUUGCGGCAACAGAGAUGCGAGCACCGACUUGUCAGUCCCGAUUGUCCCCGUUGCGCCCCGUGAGUCAAAGUUUUGGUUGUUCCUGUCCAGAUUUUCGCCAUCUGCUACUGUAGAAGAGAUUUCUAAACUUGUACAACAUAAUUUGGAAACGCAAAAUCCAGUGGACGUAGUGAAAUUGGUGAAGAAAGAUGCUGACCUAAAUCAGAUGACUUUUGUGUCAUUCAAGGUGGGACUUCCUUUGGAAAUGAAAACAAGAGCAAUGCAACCUACGAGUUGGCAAAAGGGAAUAUAUUUCCGGGAGUUCGAGGAUCGUGGAUUUCGUGGACCAGGCCGUUCCAACUGUAUCUCCUCACCAAAUGUCAUUUCAGUGCAAUAA